GACUUAGCUAUCGAUAUGUAUAAAAGAGCCGAUGAGUGGUUACGUGUGUUACGACUGGUCAGUGUUAGUUCUAACGCUACUGACGAUAAACAAAGGAAAGAAGCAUUAACAAAUGUAGCAAAUUAUAACAAGGAUAGACAGAGAUGGAAAGAAGCUGCGGAUCACUAUGAGCUUGCUGGGAAACUAAAGGAGCUCAUGGAGUGCUACAUCCAUCUAGAUGAUUUUUAUGGCCUUGAAAACCUAGCAAAACAGCUUCCAGACCGUCAUCCUUUGUUACCGCAAGUAGCAGAGUUAUUCGCCUCAUCCGGACUUUGCGAGAAUGCUGUUCAAUGCUUUCUUAGGUGCGGACAAAUAUCAGACGCCUUAGACACGUGCAUACAGCUCAAUAACUGGGAUAAGGCUGUUGCCUUAUCUAGGACACACAAUCUUCGCGAUGUGGACAUACUGAUGGGCAAGUAUGUGGAGGAAUUGAGUGAAAGCAGCGAGAGAUCUCUGGCAGCUGUGCUGCUUUACAGAAGGGCUGGAAGAUUCUUGGAUGGAGCACGAGUCGUGUACAUGGUAGCACAAGAUUUCUGCCUUUUUCUUCGUGUAAACGAAUUGCUAGAAGAUGAUAAAAAUCUUUCAUUGGAGGACAGCAGAAUGGUUGACAGAACAUGGACAGCAGCACUAGCGUACCAUUUCAUGAUGCUCGCCCAUCGUCAGCUAUUCGCCGGCGAUCAUAGCGGAGCGAUGAAGACAAGUUUAUACCUCACUCAAUUCGAGGCGUACAUUGAUCCCAUCGAGAUACAUUCGUUGCUUGCAUUGUCAUCGUGUGCUUGUCGGCAAUUUACUGUGUGUAGCCGUGCAUUCAUGAGCCUUGAGUCACUGACCGAUCCUGCUUCAGAAGAAAGAAGGGCUUACCAAAAAUUAGCACUGGAGCUAUUCACCAGGUUAGCUGACAUUCUUACGAAAGGAGCGAUGUUACGGUUUUACUUUAGUUAUCCUCCAACGGACAGCCAUACGAAUAUGGUUGCUUGCAUCGCAUGCGACAAGCCAGUGCCUGACUAUGAGUUUUGUUGUCCACACUGUGAAACUAAGGUUAGCUAG